UACAUACAUAGUUUGAAGCACUUGAAAUUGUUCUCUAUCCAAAACUGGGUCACCUAUUCCUCUUAAUGGGAGAAAUUAAUGUUGAGAAACACAUUAAACUGUCACUUGUGAAAGCUCAAUUUGACAUCAGCGAAACAUUGUCUCGCUAAAUUUAACCAAAACUGGUGAAAUAGAUAUUACCAAUCUUGAAACAACAAAAACAUUUAAAAGACAGAGAAACUUCAUAACCUGAAAAAUUUAAACGUAUUUUUAGCAAUUUUCUGAUGAUUUAAUUUUACGAAUGACAGAUUUAUAUUUCGCAAUAAAAUCACCAAAAAGUUAGAUUUCCGUCAGUAAUUACUCAAAAAUGUACGAAAACAAUCCAUCGCCAACUGCCUGCUCACCCAGUCCGAACUCAACCCAAUCACAAUUAGUUUUCAGCAACCAAAACCAUCUCCAAAAUGCAACCAGUAAUCAUCAAUCUUUGGGCGGAAAUUUCUACUCCCAAAGCAAUCAAAACGGACCAGCAGCUGUUGAUUAUAAUCUUCACGUGACUUCAUUAACGGUUAACUACCCCGCGAUAGCACCCCCACCACCACCACCCACCGGAUCAACUUCCGUCGUCCCGGAAGCGCAUCAGCACCACGGGAACGCGCCAUCGAACCCACUGGCCGCGGCAUAUCAGAGCACUCCUUACUACUCGCCCGCCAGCGCAGUGGCGGCGGAAUUAGGGCAACACUAUCCACACUCACUUUUACCCGCAGCUGCAGCUACCCUGUCUUCAUACAACCCUUAUUACCCCUCAAUGGCCGCGACCCAAAUGUACCAGUCAUCCGGCGCUCUUCAAUCCAACCCAGCUUUACAACAGAUUACAAACUCAGCCACCGCUGGAUCAAACCCGAUGAACUGGCACUUCGGUUUUCUGCCCACUUCGCUUGAUGCCAGAUCAAUGGGCGCAAAUAUUUCACACCACGCAAGUUCGGGAUCUUUGAAACACUCCCAGAUCAACGAAGCACCCCACAAUUUUGGACACCAGUUCAAGUUCCAGGGUUCGAAUCCCGGUCUGGACAGCAAUGGGUUGAUGAUGAUUGCGUCAGGAGGAGAGGGUAAUGGAUCCGAAUUAGAUGGGGGAGAUCACAUGAAUACUUGCCACGGUCAGAUUUCGCCCUCGCAUAACCAGAACGGAUCGAAAGUGUUUGCGUGGAUGAGCAAAAGACCACCGACAGACUGCAAACGCACGCGCACUGCCUACACGCGGUUCCAGACACUUGAGCUGGAGAAAGAGUUCCACUUCAACCGGUACCUCACUCGCAGACGGAGGAUAGAGAUCGCCAAUCUACUCGCACUGACGGAGCGCCAGAUCAAAAUAUGGUUCCAGAACAGACGAAUGAAGUGGAAAAAAGACAACAACCUGAAGAGCAUGUCUCAAAUAGACUCCAUCACAACUGCGUGAACAAAUCAGAGGCUGUCGAAAUGAAACAAAAACAGAAACAGAAAAAAACUUCAUUAGAAAGAAGGGCUUUAAAUUCGCUCAUUCUUCGGCAAUUCAAAACCCAAUACAUGCAGGGUACUCUUAAAUCUAUAAAACAUUGCUCGAGAUAGUCGAGUUCCAAUAACUUCUUUAUUUACUCCGUCAAAUCGGAGAUAAUGUUUUGGAAACUUGGUGUUUAAUUUAAAACAGACAGCGCGAGGAAAUUUUUUAUUAAUGUUUGUAAAUUUUUAAUAUAUUUUGCUAGA